AUGGCGCCGGAGAAUAAAACCUCAAUGCAGCCCCGGGGCUUCCAACCCGUCCGUGCCUGCAUAUUCGACAUGGACGGCCUCCUCAUCGACUCCGAAGACGCCUACACCGUUGUUACCAACACGAUCCUGAGGGAAAACGGCCGUCCCGACCUGCCGUGGAACAUCAAGGCACAGCUCCAAGGUCGACCCGCUCCCGCCGCCGGGAAGAUCUUCCACGAGUGGGCCCAGCUCCCCAUCUCGAGGGAGGAAUUCAUGCGGAGGCAGACAGAGCUACAAGCCGAGGCGUUUGUGAAUUGCAGGCCGCUUGCGGGUGUGGAGAAGCUGCUUAGGAAACUUCAAAGAGCGCACGCAAAGAGCGACGGGGCGUCCGUCUCCCCGGACCCGGCGAACAAGAAGAAGGUUCACAUCGCAUUGGCGACGAGCUCACAUUCCAAAAACUUUGAACUCAAAACGAACGGGAUGAAAGACAUGUUUAGUCUCUUCCCUCCCCGACAUGUUAUCUUGGGCGACGACCCCCGGAUACCAAAGGGGAGAGGAAAGCCGUUGCCAGACAUUUACCUGUUAGCAUUGCAGACCAUCAACGAGACGUUGGCCAUAGAAGGUGAAGGAGAACGACCAAUCACCCCAGACGAGUGCCUUGUCUUUGAGGACAGUGUGCCGGGGGUAGAGGCCGGCAGGAGGGCAGGUAUGCGAGUCGUAUGGGUCCCACACCCGGGACUACUCGACGUGUACAGUGGGAGAGAAGAGGAAGUCCUUGCGGGACAAACCGGUGAGCAUAAAGAAGACGAUCUAGACCACACCGAGGGCGUUCCCCUCAUGGGCAGUCCCGGGUACCCUGGCGAACUCAUGGACGGGUGGGCAGAGACGCUGUCCUCGCUGGAGGAGUUUGAUUACUCGAAAUACGGCAUUGAAGUUGGCGAUGAGAGAGACGCCUCAGAACACAGUCAGCACACUGCCGACGGCGGCAUGACGGACAAGGAAUUGGAAGAAAUGACGGCGUUGGCAGACGGUAAACGACACGCUCCGGAAGAACCAUCGCCUCCACAGAUUCCCAGGACAAGUUUAUGA